CAAAAUCCAGCAGUCACAGUAUUUAUCAGUUUCAAUCAAAUAGCUCCCCAAGUUUUGUGUUUAGAUAGCGAGAGACAGAGAGAGAUGGCAGCAGCUGCUGUUUUAUCUUCAUGCUUUUCAGUUCCUACAAAACUCAAGAGCCUUUCCCUCACGACCACUUCUUCUUCUACUAUUACUUACCCAGCUCUGAGGUCUCUCAGUUUCUCCUCUGCCAUUUCUCAUGACGUCUUCAAUAAAGGGUGUUUGUCAAUGAGCAUAGUUAAAAGGCCAAUUGGGCAUUCAAUUGUCUGUGAGGCUGCUCCGAAGAAAAGAGCCGAUUCUGCUGCUAAGAGAGCUCGCCAAGCUGAGAAAAGACGGAUUUACCACAAAGCCCACAAGUCCGAAGUUAGAACCCGCAUGAAGAAGGUCUUGGAAGCAUUGGAUGAUCUGAGAAAAAAAUCUGAUGCGCAAGCAGAGGAGGUCCUUCCUAUUGAGAAGCUUAUUGCAGAGGCCUACUCGGUCAUUGACAAGGCAGUAAAAGUGGGGACAUUGCAUAGAAACACUGGAGCACGCAGAAAGUCACGACUUGCUCGGAGAAAAAAAGCUGUGGAGAUUCACCAUGGCUGGUAUACCCCUGCUCCUGCAGAAGCAACUGCUGUUUAGGAGUUAGAGCUCUUGCUUUACAUUGAGUAGAGGAGCAUGGGAAAGGAAUAUUCUUUUGUUCUGUAUUUGGAAGAACCCUACUGUUUGUCAUUUUGUUAUAUAUGUAUAAUUUCUUUAUACUAGAUGUUAACCCAAAUGCUAUUUUUAAUCAAUUUUAUCUGUUCCCAUCUUUUA